ACUCCAAAAUGUUAUCUCAGUGUCUAUGCGAAGUUUACAAAUGUUUGUUUCUGCGCAACUUAAAACUGAAUUCCAUAAAUGUGGCUACUUUGGCCAGAAGGAUCCAUUUUUCUGCAAAAAAGCUUUCUGACUGUGAGCUAAAGGAAAAAACUGUCCAGAAAUGUGAAACUGAAGAGUUGCCUCAAAGUACGGAAAACAGUAAUUUUGGAAGAUUGCACAUACCAGUGAUGCUGGAGGAGGUUGUUAAUUGUAUAUCCCCCCAGCCAGGUCAGCGUUUCCUUGAUAUGACGUUUGGAGCCGGAGGUCAUACUACAGCUCUUCUAGAGAAAGCCAGCGACAUUACAAUAUAUGCACUAGACAGGGACCCCACAGCUUAUAAAAUAGCUCAGCAGCUUUCAGAAUCAUACCCGAAACAGAUUCGAGCUCUUCUAGGACAAUUUAGCCAGUCAGAAGCUUUGUUAAUCUCCUCUGGAGUUGAGCCAGGGACUCUAGAUGGAGUCCUCUUGGAUGCUGGCUGUUCUUCCAUGCAAUUUGAUACACCCGAAAGAGGUUUUUCCCUGCAGAAGGACGGACCUUUGGACAUGAGGAUGGAUAGUGACAGGUACCCUGACAUGCCCACUGCUGCUGAUGUUGUGAAUGCUUUAGAUCAACAGGCGCUUGCGUCCAUCCUGAGAACAUACGGGGAGGAGAGGCACGCCAAGAAAAUCGCUUCAGCCAUCGUUCAGGCACGCAGCAUAUACCCCAUCACCAGAACUCAGCAGCUUGCAAGCAUUGUUGCAGGUGCUUUUCCAGCAUCGGCACUGUAUGCACGGAAAGACUUGCUUCAGAGACCUGCGCAUGUUGCUACCAAAACUUUUCAAGGCCUGCGAAUAUUUGUAAACGAUGAGCUCCAUGAACUCUUUAUAGGGCUGAAGACAGCUGAGAAGUUUCUAAAACCUGGAGGUCGCCUUGUAGCCCUCUCCUUUCAUUCACUAGAAGAUCGUAUUAUCAAACGUUUUCUUCAUGGAAUAGAAAUGACAGAAAAGUACAAUCUUAGCUCAAGGCAGAAGAUAAGACAGGGUCUGAAAAAUUGCUCCAGAAAAGAAGAUGCACAAGAAUCUCCCCAUGGAAAAUCCAACUCAAAGUGGAUUUUGUUACAGAAAAAAGUUCUGACACCCCAGGCCAAGGAUAUUCAAACAAACCCAAGAGGAAGGUCGGCCAAGCUAAGAGCUGCUAUUAAACUCUAA